AUGGAAUGCGUCCGUCCUACUCGCAACCGUUUUCCAGCGCGUAUUCCAGACAUUGGCCGUGCCCGUUUGACGCUGCCUAUCGUCACACGUGGACAUGUCCCAAAGGCAGCCGUUGUCUUUAAGGUACGCCAGACACACAAAUUGCCUACUUCUGGCCGUUUUUUCACACGCGUACAAGUCCCAUGGACAACCCUUUUCUCGGGCGUACCUAAAGCACUCCAGGUUGCUGUUGGCCGUGGCGUACUCACAUACCGACUCGUCCCAUGGACAGCCCCGGUCGUGUGCGUACUUAAGGCACUCGAGCUGUCUAUUGGCAGCCGCCAGCAUGCCCACGGUUCACGUCCAUGGGAACCCGUGACUUUCGGCGAACUACCUGUGACCUUCUCAAUCAUCGAGUAUUCUAAAAAAAAAAUAAAGUUUGACCAUUAUAACAAAUAUAUUAAACAACAUAUUUGGAGAAAUCUUCCAAACGACCUGGCACUACUAUUUGAAUAA